AUGGCUACCCGGCGGACGUCAACUGCGUUGUCCAAGCAAAAAUUUCUAACUCGUGGUGGUAGAAUUUUAGCGCUUGUGCCUGCUGAGCAUGCACCCUCUGACGGUAGCGAAAGUUCUGACGAUGAAUUACGUGUGCGCACCCCGCUUUCCGCGACAUCUUCCUCUGCACCUUCUAUAGAUAGCUCAAUGGAAAGGCUCAAUAUUUUAGAUGAUGAUGAAGACCCCUCCGACCAGAAUGUACGACUCACACCAAUUUUUCGAAGCGUAUAUUCAAGCCCGUCCCUAGAACCAAAUUGUAAAAAAGUGCCAAUCCUGAGUGACAUUCCGUCACUCCCAGCAACUCCCGCUACUCCUGCAACCCCAGCAACUCUUGCACUUCCUGAAUCCCCCGCACCGCCUGAACCAACAGCAAGUGGCUCCAUAACUGGCUUAGUUGCAGCUCGCAUAAGGGCUUCUUCCAAGUCGCGUCCCAGAAAUACCAGAUCGCAACGACCCACUGUUUCUGCUGUUAGACGACCUAUUCGAAUCACCAAGUUCACUCUGAACUAUCAGUGGAAAAAAACGGUUUUUCGACACAAGGCAACUGUAGAAGAAGACUCAAAUCACACCGACAUAUUAAACGAAACUUCACUCGGUUAUUUCUAUAAAUUCUUUUCCCCUGACGUUUUAGUAGAUACCGUAGAGCAAACAAACUCAUACGCAGUAUUCAAAACUGGGCGCUCUCUUGGCUUGACCGAAGAUGAAUUGCGAGAUUUUUUAGCAAUUCAUAUUAUCAUGGGUGUUAUUAGUAUGCCCUCGUACACCGAUUACUGGAGUUUGCGGUACAGAUACGAUCCCAUAGCCGAUUAG